AAUUAAUUUAGUUACUUUAAUAAUGGUUUUCAUUAGCUGUUUUCUCAAAAUUCUACUAUUGUGUAGAGUUAUUAGUUUGAUUCUGGAAAUAUUUGAGUCAUACAGGUUAUCGACCUAAUUUACUUUUUUACUUGUAAUAUGAAAGUUCUAAUGUAGAUUUUUGUAUAUUAUUUCUUAAUUUUGCCCUUCUAUAAUCGCAAAUAUGGAAAAACGAGGGGAGAAUUCAAUCAAAGGUUCUGAAGAGGAAUCAGAAGAGUCCAUGGAAUCUUCAGAGGCUACUGAAGAUUCGGAAAGUAUUGCUAGAGAUUAUCUGAGACUGUCAAUUGUCUUCAGUUUCCUCACCAAUAAACCUCUUAACAUACCCCUAGAGGAGCCUGUGAGAUCAUACGAAGUGUCACUGCUGAAGUUGAUAACUAAGGUGACUGAUGGUACGAGGACUGAAGUGGAUCGUAAUUCCAUAAGUUUAACUCCUGGUAGACUCACCGGCGGUGAAUUCAGCUUUCAAUGUGAUUCUUCAAUGCCAUUGACUUAUUUCCUAGAACCUUUAGUAUUACUAUUUCCUCUCUCAUCCCAGCCCACUACUGUUACUCUCACCCAUAGUACCGCAAAUACUAUUGACAAUGAUACCAGUGAUACUGUGAACACUGGCUUAUCUGGGUGUUACAGUAGUUUGGAAUGUUUUAGUAGUGUGUGUACGAUAAUAUUACAGAUGAUAGGGAGUGAAGUGAUAUUUAAGUACAAGGAACCGUAUGAAAUGUAUUUUAGAUGUGGCCCUGUGAAGAAAAUUGAGCCUAUAAUACUAUGGAAAUCACCUAAAAUUAAGCGUAUCAGAGGCACAGUGGUGGUUAGAAACUUACAACCCUCACUAGGGAAAAACGCUAUCAUCGGUGCUAAACGUAUUUUAGACCAAGUGUGUGAUAACACUUGGAUAGCCCUAAACACACCUCCAGGGAAGUUUAAACCUACACUACUCAUCUCACUCAUCGCAGAAGGCACUAAAAAUUGUAUCUUCACCUCGAAUACACUUUCACAUCCACUGGACAUUAAUGACAAGGUUGAGAGUGGUGACACAACUGAUAGUGUUGAUACCAAUGAGAGUGUCAAGAGGAAGAGUAUGAGUGGUAGUUUACUGAAGAUAUUAAACUUGGCUAAAAACAACACCAACAAAACUACUAACUCACAUCCUACUGACCCUGGGAAUCCCUCUGGGAAUGGCACCGCUGCUCCUGUCGUGACCACUAAGACUGUGGAAGUAGUGGAGAAAGAUGCCGAGGGAAGGCAUUGCGGAAUAAUUGGUGAGUGUGAGAGGCUGGGAGAACAGUGUGCUUUUCGAUUAUGUAGUGAAAUAGCACUGGAUUCAGUAAUUGACACUACACAUCAGCAUCUGUUACUUUAUUUCAUGGCACUGUCUGGCGAUUACCAAGUCAGUCAAAUCAGACUCUCGAAACUUAACCGUUACUCAGUACAACUUCUAAGGUUUGUAAGGAGAUACUUGGGAAUAAUAUUCAAAUUCGAGGAAGUUGAAACGGAGUCCGGAACAAACAUAUUAUUAGUCAAAUGUGUAGGAUCUAAUUAUCACAAUAUUAAUCUUAAAUCUUUCUAAUUCUCAUA